GUGGGCCACUCUGAUGUUAGAAAACCUUAUUCUUCAAGCAAGCAAGCAUGAUGGCUUUGAUUCUUUUCUUUACAGCCUCUUAAUCCUAAUAAGCCUUUGUUAUACAUUUAUGUCAAGUUGGCCUGACCUAGACUUGGUUCUGAAUUCAUGUGUACCAUACCUUUCGUUUUAUUCCUUUUGGAUUAAUUUUGCUAAACUGCAAGUUGGGAACUUGGGCGAAUGCGUGUUGAAUAUACGCGAAAGUUUUUUCGAAAGAAAGCUGCAAUUUCGGAAUUUUGUCGAAUGGAAGCUGAAUAUGUGCGAAAGAAACGUGAAUUUUUGCGAAGGGAAGCUGAAUUUAUGCGAAGGGGAGCUGAAUGUAUGCCAAGGGAAGUUGAAUUUUUGCGAAGCGAAGCUGAAUUUUUGCGAAAGGAAGCUGAAUGUAUGCAAAAGGAAGCUAAAUGUAUGCAAAAGGAAGCUGAAUGUAUGCUAAAGGAAGCUGAAUUGACACCAGGGGAAGCUAAAUGUAUAGAAAUGGAACUUGAAUUCACGCGAAUGAAAGCUAAUCUGAUGCGAACUUACGCUGCUGAAUUUAUGCGAGGGGAAGCUGAAUUUGAGACUUUUCUGAAAGCCCAAAACCUGGGUAAGAAAAAGAAAGAGGAUGAAGAAGAGGACGAGGGGCCAGACGACGAAGGGCCGGAGGGCGGAGGGCUGGAGAAGGACGAGGGACCGGAAAAGGACGAGGGACCGGGGAAGGAGAAAGAAGAGGGAAAGAAACGAGCACCAGACUCUGCUUUGGAGGGUGGAAACGCACACAAGAUUUUGAAGGCAUAUUUAGCAUGCAUGGCUCUGUUGACCGCAUAUUACGUUGUGCAAAGCAUGGAGACAAUCCCAAUGCUUGUGUUGGUAUGGGUUGAGGCUUCUAAAAAAACUGGAGAAACAAAGCUUUCUUAUAAUAUUGAUGAUGGAUUUGAACUGUCAGCGAUUCGCGAAUAGGGAAGUGUGUGUUUCCGUAUAUAUGUUGGUUUUACCUCCAUUGAUCUGUUUGAGUAGGAGUGAUGUUGAUGUAGGAGAAUUGGUAUGAAUUUAGGAUUUUCUUUGAGGUAUGAUUGCUCAUGUAAACCAGAUCUGUUGUCCCGUAUAUCACCUGGCAA